AUGGGAGAGAAAGAGAAGAAGACCAGUAACAAGAACAAGAAGCAGAAACACCAGCACCCAAAUGAUCAAACCACAAAAACAGCCUCAUCAGAUUUCUCAUUCAAGCCAAGCUCUGAGGUGAAGGGUCUGCGUUUUGGAGGCCAGUUCAUUGUAAAAUCAUUCACAAUCAGGCGUGCAAGGCCUUUAGAGCUUCUGCAACUCCUCUCACUUCCACCACCAAACAAACCCAACUCCAACAAUAAGCUUCCUUUUUCUUCAACCACAGCUUUUCUUCCCACAAACUUCACAAUCUUGGCACACCAUGCCUGGCACACCCUCACAUUAGGCCUUGGCACCAAGAAAUCCAAAGUGGUUCUGUUUGUUUUCGAAACCGAAGCCAUGAAGGCUGCCGUAGACCGCGUUUGGCCACCAGAAAUUCCUCUUGGGGAAGUGAACAAGAGGCUCAUCAGAGGCCUGAGUGGCUGUGAGAUAGCAAGGUUCAAAUUCAGAAAAGGAUGCUUAACUUUUUAUGUGUAUGCUGUUAGACAAGUGGGAAGCUUGGGUUUCUCAAGUGCUGAUGAUCUCAGAACAAUUCUGCAGUCUGUUGUGGCGCUUCAAGAUUUCUUGGAUCACACUGCAAUGCUUGCCAUGCCCAACCAGAGAACCAUUAGCUAUGCAAAUGUAGCUCCUGUGGCCAUGGCUCACUAG